AUGGCGGGUCCAAAUCAGUUACCUGUCUCAGUUGCCGCCGAUGGCGUGCAUGGUCGCAAACGCAAUAUGGCCAUUGCGGGGAUCGACAGUUCUCCCGGAAGUAUGGAGGAUAUGGAUGACAACGAUGCGCGCGAGGAGAAGAGACGUCAGCCAGUGAAGCGCGCUUGCAAUGAAUGUCGACAGCAGAAGCGUGUGGGGAAGCGCAGUCGCAAUGCGGAAAUGGAGAGGGAAAUAAUGGAGCUCAGAAAGCAAAUUGCUAGUGGCCAACCUGCCCCUGCAAUGAACCAGCAACGAGCAUUGACCGCAGGACAAUUGACACCCAAGCAAGAAUCGAAUCAAGUCAGUCCCGCAGUCUAUCAAACCCCGUCGGCCAUGUCUGCAGAUCAGUACAUGGGAUCCCAAGAAGCUGUCGCCUCCCUCCUGGACCUUCGUUCGGGCUUCGAUGGUACCAACUUCAUGAGGAAUGGCGGACAAAUCAAACGAAUUGAGGAUGUUAUGGUUGUUCCAGAAAAAGUAACGGAGCUGUUUAAUAUAUUCUUCACAUACUACCACCCUUUCCUUCCAUUUUUGGACCGGAGCCUCUCUCCCGAGGAUUAUCAUAGCUCCUCUUUGUUGCUUUUCUGGAUUAUCAUCAGUGUCGGUGCGCGACGCUAUCAAGGCGAUUCGAAUUUGUUGAAUUCCCUCGCUGGUCCUGUCACCCGGCUGGUCUGGAGCACUCUAGCAGAUAUCCCUCAAAGCUACCAUGUUGUCAAAGCUCUCGCUCUGCUAUGCUCAUGGCCGUUCCCGACAAGCAGCACCUCAACAGAUCCAACCUUCAUGCUAUGUGGAAUGAUGGUACAGGUUGCCAUGCAGCUUGGUCUCCACCGACCUUCUCACACUCAGGACUUUAGUAAAUUCCGAGUAGAGCUGAUCGAGGAUGAAUUGAGAGACAAGGUGCGAACGUGGGCGAUUUGCAAUAUUGUUGCUCAGAGAGUUUCCACCGGCUAUGGACAGCCAUCAUCUACUCUUUACGACUGGACAUUGUCCUCGAACGAUUCACAUGACCCGAACUUCAAGCUUCCUGAAGAUAUAAGGCCAAGAUUGGAGAUCGAAAAGUUUUGUGAUAGAGUUACCCGCGCGCUUUACACAAAUCGACGUGAUCCUGUCGGCUUAACCAGUGACCAUGAACGCUCGACUAUGAUUUCCUUCCUGUCACGAGACUUUGACGAAUUGGAAGAACAGCUCAAACCGCAUAAUGACUGUAUUACUGACUUGUUCCUCCGUGCUGCUAACCUUCAUUUGCACCUUUCGGCAUUCUUUGAUGAGCCAACCACUAAGAAUUACCGCGAACGCCUUUUAUCUCUGUAUGUCGCGACGACAUCAUUCCUCGAAGUUGUCCUAAACCUCGAGACCGAUGUUGGCCCAGUUCUCUCUUACACCCCAUACUAUGUCUACCAGAUGAUGGUUGCCGCCGGUUGCACCCUUCUGAAGCUGUGCAAGAGCUUUUUCGCUUCUCACAUAGACAUGGAAUACACCAAGCACCUAUUCAACCGUACGAUCUGGGCCAUUCGGGGGGUGUCAGCGUCCAGCAAUGAUCUGCCCGAACGGCUUGCUGAAGUGUUGGCUCAGAUGUGGAGAUUGGGAGGGGCAACUCAGCGGUCUAACAAUAGUACCGACGUCGAUGAUUCCCUGCGGCUCAAAGUACGUUGCCGAAUGAGCAUGUCUCUGCUAUUCGACUCUGUAUGGCGUUGGCGGGAGGAUGCCAGGACUAAGGGCCGAAACAUUGAAGCCUAUCUGAAAAAUCCCACAAAUCCUGACUCGGCAGCCGACUCUUCGGGCACUUCAUCUGUCGGGCCUGUACACACAUCUACAAUAACACCUGGAAUCUCUGGAAAUGAUCCAAGCCUUGCUCCAGCACCCCUGCUAUCCCAGGCUAGUCUUGGGAUACAACCACCCACAACCCAACCUACCGGACUUCCAAGUGUCUUCAUUGAACCUAAUUACGAAGUCUUCGAUCCAUUGAACUGGCUUCUUGAUGGUCUGAGCCACGUUCCUUUCCCUACACGCAAAGGCUGCUUCUCGAUCUUAUACCAGCAGUAUAAGUUUGUCGUGAAUGGGCCGGGUAUCAUAAAGAAAGGCUACGAACAAUUCAGAAACGGCCUGUUCGAGAUCCCGCGAACAUUCCGCUUCGGUCAGGUCAUAUUAUGCCAACCAGAGUUGAUUGAAGAACUAAGAAAUAAACGGAGUACUAUUGUCUCCCCCGAGCCAUGGAUUGAUCAGCUCCUCCAAAUUUCUCAUGUUAUGCCUGGCUAUUUCCCCAAGGGAAUGGGAUGGCCAAAAAUUGCUAAAACUACGCCUGGUCUAAUUCGUGCCACAGUUUAUAAACACCUGCAUCGGUAUAUGCCCGCUAUGAAUCAAGCAAUUAUCUCACAGUUGCAGACCCUAGAGUUCAAAGACGGAGAAUGCAACUUUGGCUGCUUUGACCUGGCAUACUCGAUCGUAGCCCGCAGCGGCAGCUUUGCUAUUGUCGGUCCACGGCUUUCUCAGAAUGAAGAAUAUCUCAAAGCUGUCAAGGACCACAUACUUGGGAUGAUAGUGACCACUCGCGUACAAUUUCUUGUUCCAGAUUACCUAAAGCCCUACAUUGGUGGGCUCAUCGGCCGCCUCGCCACUAUUGGGACUAGUUGGGAUAUGCACGCCUCGCGUAAGAUUUUGCUCAAGCACUUCGAUGCACGUGCAGCAGAAUAUCACGCAGAGAUAUUCAAUGGCAGCGGCCCUAGCGAGACCAAUAUCGAUGAAUCGGACGAUCCGGUUGAAAUCUUCCAAUGGCUGUAUGAGAGCAGUGUUCUUCGGGAGCGAUGGACAUAUGCAGAGGUGAUAGGUGAGAUGCUGCUUCUGCAAUUCGCCUUUAUCUACACCACGUCCUAUGGUCUUUACGGUGCCCUGGUUGAGCUAGCUCGACGGCCCGAAUAUGUUGCACCCCUGCGUGAGGAAAUUGAUCUAAUUUUCUCCGAAAUGGGACCAACCGUUCCAGCCUGUGAUAACAUGGUUUUGAUGGAUAGCUUCUUGAAGGAGUGCCAGCGACUGCAUCCGCCUUCAGCACUCUCCGCCCACCGGGUCUGCGUCACUGACCUCAAACUUUCUAACGGCAUUACACUCAAGCAGGGCUCCCACGUUGCCGUCCCAAGUGGAAUAAUCCAACGAUCCAGCGAGCAUUAUGCAAACCCUGACGCAUUCGACGGUUUCCGGUUCGUCAAGCGUGCAGCAGCUGGAGCCAAGGAUUCCCGGCUGGUCGAUCUGAGUCCUGACUAUCUGGUUUUCGGAAUGGGUGCACAUGCCUGCCCCGGACGAUGGAUGGCUAGCGCACUCAUGAAACUCGCCUUUGCGCAUAUCCUGAAUCAGUAUGAUAUACUCCUGCCUAAUUCGGCUUCUCUUCCCUUCACUGGCUCGCUUUCAUUCGAGGAGUUUUAUGUGCCCAAUUUCGGGCUAAAGAUUGCUUUGCGCAAACGCUAG